UUCAUCCACCCAUAAAGACGUUGACGACAAGAAGAGAGGCAUGUAGUCCAAGGAACUGUGUGGUCAAUCUAUGCAUUCCAUCUUUUUCGCUUCUCGCUUCAUCCCUUCUUUUAUAAAUCCUCUUCACCUCCAUCUUCCUUCAUCAUCAUCAAUUCAUCAUCAUCAUCUCUCUCUCUCUCUUUCAUUCUUCCCAACCCCUUCUCGCACCAUAUUCUUCUUUCAACAAUUCAAGAAUCCCCCUCUUGCCCCCAGCUCCUGUCAGCAUUUCCCUCUUCUGUCCAGCAGCCAAGGUUCAUGUCUGAACUCGACAUCCACAUACCUACUGCCUUUGAUCCAUUUGCUGAUGCAAAUGCAGCUGAGAACUCAGGAGCGGGUGCAAAGGAAUAUGUUCACAUCCGCAUUCAACAGCGCAAUGGCCGGAAAAGCCUGACAACCGUACAAGGUUUGAAGAAGGAGUUCAGCUAUACCAAGAUUCUGAAAGACCUCAAGAAAGAGUUUUGCUGCAAUGGCACUGUUGUCCAGGACCCUGAACUUGGACAGGUUAUCCAGCUCCAAGGUGAUCAGAGGAAGAAUGUCUCCACCUUCCUUGUUCAGGCUGGGAUUGUUAAGAAGGAGCACAUCAAGAUUCAUGGUUUCUGAAUUGCUUGUUUUCCUGCAAUCAGCUCUUCUGCUGCUGAUCUGGAAUGUUACCAAUGUUUCAUUGUAUAUAUAUAUGUUGUACCUAAUCUUUAGUGUUGUUAUGUUUUUUAAUUUUGAAGAAAAAAAAUGUGAAGAACAAUGUUAUUUCAUAGAAUGAAGCAUGCAUAUGAUCUUUUGUACAUAUUGUCUCAAAUUAUGUAAUGCUUAUUUCACUGUUGAUCACUAGAUUGUAUAUAAUCUUUUGUACAUAUUGCCUCAAACUAUGUAAAGCUUAUUCCACUUCGAUCACUA